AUGACCAGCGCGCACUCGCGCUCUCGCUCAAGCUCCAGCACUCGGACAACACCCAGAGACCACGCAACCCAACCGGAAACCAGUCCCGCCCUAGCAGCAAACCUCGUCCAACAAUGCCGGACCAUAAUCGCGGAGAUCGACAUGCUCCAGACUCUCCUCGCGCGCACGCUCCGCAAUCCGCAGCUUGUGGAGGUGCGGCAGCUGCGCUCGAAUGUAAACUCCGAGCUGAAGAUGCUCACGAAGCUCGAGGCGCAGGUGUUGGAUUCUCAACGGUCCGUCGACAAGACGCGAAAUGGGGCUGGUGACGGACAGCUUGAUCCUGAGGUGGAGAUGAGACUCUUCCACGCUCUGCGGUCGUCGAAUCUACCCUUUUACCAGGCUGUGUGGAAUAUAGCCAAGGGCUCGUGUACGGGUCUGCUUGCGCUGGGGAAACGCUUUUACUGGGAUUCGCAGGAGCCUAGGGAUCUCAAAGGCGAGAAGCAGCCGAACAAGGAUAAGCGCAAGAGUGUCUUUGUGGAUAUUGUUGCAGAUGAUGGCGAGGAGUGGGUGAAGGUAUCGACUGUUUCGGAGAGCCGAUUGCUGUUUGAGAUGGCGAAGAAGGGGUGGGAGAGGGAUUCGGAGGAGGAGGAUGAUGUCUGGUCGGGGUCGGAGGACGAUGGGUCAAGAUCUAGGCCGCCGCGGAGAACGGUGUUACGGAAUUUCGACGGCGAUGAACAGUCGGAUGGCAGUGAUGACGAUGAGGAUGACCUGGAGCUGAUCAAGCUGGCGAGGGAUCUACGCAAGGCGGCUGAUGCUACGCGGGUGAGGUAUAGACAUCCUCGGAUACGGGUGGUACUACCGAAAGUCGAGGAAGGAAAUGUUCCUGAAAUUAAUGAUCUGCUCGAGGAGAUCCGCAAAUAUGAUAUCCAGGUUGAGUGCCAGGGGAAGAUAUCCGAUGCCGCCGCUGCGCAGCAGGAUCUGGCGCAUCUCCUCCCGCAACCAUUCAAAAAGUUCACGGAUACGCUGAAUGUCGACUGCACGCUGCUUCUUGCCAUGGUGUCGGACCUUUCCCACGUCCAGAAUAUGAAACCACAGACUGGCAUGCACAAAGCCAUCGUCCGACAACUCGAGGUCGAGAAGGAGCAGCCUUUGCUUCCCACUGAACUCUGGCCGGCAAUGGGUGCACAGAGCUUGAUAUGCACCGAGGAGGCUGCAGCACGGAUGCGGGAGAUUGUAGACACCAUUGGCACGGACACGGAGAAGAUGCGCGCUCGGAUUGUGCUGGGCGACCCUCCCUAUGACCAUUCAAUGCGCGAAGCCCUUAUCCACCAGUUCCAGAAGUUGUCCGACUACCGCGUCCCUGCCUUGUGGAAGCUCCCUAUCAAGGUUGCCGAUGCGCAAUCGGUAAUCGACUCCGGGAAAGGACAGUUGCCUCGAGUGGCAGAUGAGGUUGUCAAGGGCUUGUCCGAUAUCAACCAUAGCGUGUUUAUGUAUGGAUGGGUCACCGGCUUGACGACUAUUUCCAGUAAUCGUACGAUCGACAAACAGAUCGAGGCCACCAUUGAGAAGAACCGAGGGGGUGACGACGAUCUUGAAGGCCCAUCUGUCUGGAUAUGUGAGACGGCAAGGAGUUUGGUAGGUAAAGAUAAAAAUCGGAAACCAUAA